AUGUUUAGGAAAAAGAGUCAGAGGUCUAGCACGAAACGGAAACAGCGGGAGGUCAAUUUCAAAAGAAAGUCCAUAGCAUUAUCCAAUUAUUUGCAGCAGACGUUCAACUCUUUGACUAUCGAAAGUGAAACGAUUCCUAAAGAAAUUCUAGACAAUAUAAUCACCUAUUUAAACUUCAAGGAUCUUGUGAACUUUUCACUUGUCAACCGUGCGGCUUAUCACUACAUCCAUAAUGAACAGACCGAUUUAUGGAAGAACUACCUAUCCAUGAUUGAGCUCUUUAGCAUUCCGGACAAUGAAAAACUUAAACUGAAGCACCUUCGAUUGACCGAAAGAGACUUUUAUCAAAUAAACUCCGAAGUGCUUACCGAGGAAAAGAAAUUGAAUCCAUUACGUAUUUACCACAAUAUGAUAAAUAAAGACGACCCAACAUUACAAAUCAUAUACAAUCCAAAACUUUACAAACUCCAGUUCAGAUUGAUUUAUUCUGCGUUACAACCUCUUUACAGUCAGCUUAUUAGCUCGAAUUUACAAUUCGGUAAUACAGUAUUCAUCAAGAAUUUCAAUAACCCCAUCCAUCAAUCAAUAUUGUUGAACAACUUUAUGAAAUUUUCAAAAUUUCAACUAUACCAAGUUGAUUCCAGAGACUUCAAUCUAAAUUUACAAAAUUUACAAUCAGUGGUGGAAUUCUUUGAAAAUGCUUGUCUUCGAGAAAUUGAAAUUGGUUAUGAUAAUCAAGAUUUCAAUACUAAAGUUAGUUAUUAUACCAAUAUCUUAUUGAAUUUGAAUGAUAACUUGAUUAACAACAAUUUGGUGAACUUUUUCUUGCAAAAGCUUAAUUUGAACGAGCUAAUUGUGGAUAAUGUCGAUACUUAUUUCAUUCUAGACGAAUAUGCUGAGGGUAAAGAAGAUCAAAUUUACAAGAUCGAUACCCUUAGCUUGAAUAAUUAUUUUGGGAAUUUGACCCAACUUUUAAACUCGCAGAUUGAAAUCAUCGAUCAGAUAUUUAGCGACGACCAAAUCCAAUUGAUUUUAAAGAUUUUUGAAGAAAUCAUCCAGAAUUAUAUCUUGGAAUUUGUCGGUCUAUUGAGCCAGAAGGCAAAGAAUUUGAAUAUUGUCAAUGAAUCAGUGAUUUUCAACUCUGGGAAUGAUAAGAAGGAAUUCGCUACCAGUGAGUUCAAUCUAUCAAUAACAUUAUUACCUCUUGUGUAUUCGAAUCUUAUAAAUUUGAUAUCCAAUAAGAUUAAGGAUUCCAAAAACGGAGGGAAAUAUUUCAAACCAAACUUAGUCAAUUUAUUGAACUUGUACAUGGAGAACUUGAUCAAUGAAUACUUGGCUGACGAACUGGACUUCUUUGAGAAAAUCACGGAAUUUAACAUUCAAAAUUGGGAUGAGAAGACAAAAUUGGAAGAAAACCAAAUUGAGCAAGAAAUCUUGAAAAAUGUGAAGGCCACUAAUGACGUUAACAACAAAAAUAGUAGCUUUUUAAAGAUUGACUUGGUCACAGGGUUCAAAAAUAUUUUAAAACCAAUCAAUGUUACCUUUGAAGGAAUGAUGGGAUCGCAUUCCCAUUCCCACGAUGAUAAUAAAGAGCAUGAUGAAAAUGCUGUUGAAAUUGAUCAGCAUCAGCCGGCCCCUGAAGACGACAAUAUGAUGACAGAAUUCGAAGCCAAAUUAGCAAUUAUGAAUAACAAGCUUAUUCGUAUUAAAUCUUUCUUCUCGUUAGAUUUAUCGCUAAAUAUUUUGAAUAAUGCCCGAACCUCAAUUCAGAGAAUUACGGUAUUCAUCAAUGAAAUUAACAAACUAAAUGAAGAGGUUGAAUCUAUUCUUGAUUUGGACUAUAACAAGAAUAUUUUAAGAAGUUGCAAGAAGCAAAUCGAGGUAAUUUUCAUCAAAAUCACAGAAAUUUUAGGAGAACAGCAUGUGAAAAAAGGUUUUGAAAAAGCCAUCAAAAGAUUGAAAGACUAUAAUCCAGAUGAUAAUACCAAUGGGACUGCCUCGGAAACUAACAAUCAGAACUCUCAAGAUUCGGUCCAACCGUUGGUUAUGUUUACUGAAUUAGUCAAUAUUGGUGAUUUGAUCCAAAACUUGAUCGAAGUGUUCUAUACUGAGGAAUUGGUCAACAAAAAAAUCAUCAAUAAAAAUCAAGAUUUCUUGUCCAAGGUUUUGCAAUCCAAGAAGAAGUUUGAAUUGAUGUUGGAUGAUAGCGUUGCUGAUGGUUUGAAUAUUGGUAUCGAUGCUUUGAUCAACAAGAUUCAAUAUAUUUAUCAUAAUUUCCAAAAUCCCAAAGACUUCAUCCCUGAUGAUGCUGAUAAACACGUGAAAAUCGGGGUAGUCACUGUAUGUGCCAUGAAAACUAUUGAUUUAUUAUCAACCCAUGUUAACUUGUUGAUUGGGGUCACUGAAAAAUCCACCAUUGAUGUUUUCCAACAAGAAGUCUCGCAACGAUUUUUUGGGUUGAUUGUAAAAAACUUGAAGACUUUAAAGAUUAAUACCACUGGGGCGUUGACCUUGAUUUCUGAUUUGAAUUAUUACUAUGAUUUUAUUGUUACUCUCAGACAAAAGCAGAUCUUGCCAUAUUUCAUUGGUUUGAAAACUGUGGGACAAAUUUAUUUAAUUGAUGGUUCCGAUGCUAAAUUGAUCGGGAAGACUAUCAGUGAUUUAAAUCGUUUCAAUGGGAUUUUUCAACAAGAGGAGAUCUAUGAGUUGGUUCAAUGCCGCGCUGAUUGGUUGAAAGUUAAAAGAGAAGUUGAGAAAGAAAUGUUUGGAAUGUUGGAGUGUAUUAUUGUUUAG